ACAAAGAAACAAAAGACAAUUGAAUAUAAACCUAUGGAAAAUACAUAAAGCCCGAAACCUAAAUUUGGUCGAAGCGGAACAAGUACAACAGUCUUCUCUUCUUCAACAAGUUCUUGUUUUCUCUCCUGUAUCCCAUGUGAAUUCAUUAAAUUAAACCAAUCACUUCCUUGGAAAGUAAAAGCAAGUCUGUUUGGUUGGUGUCAUCCCCUUUUAGCCCUUUUUCCUCCUAGUUAGUGCUUGUCCCCUGUUACAAUGGGAACACCAGAGACCUCUCGCGAACCUUGCCCUGACCGUAUACUUGAUGAUGUUGGUGGAGCAUUUGGUAUGGGUGCUGUUGGAGGUUCAGCCUUCCACUUCUUAAAAGGCAUUUACAACUCGCCAAAAGGUGAGCGCUUGAUUGGUGGUACACAGGCAGUGCGCAUGAAUGCUCCUCGUAUUGGUGGUAGUUUUGCUGUGUGGGGUGGCCUAUUUUCCACCUUUGAUUGUACAAUGGUUUAUCUCCGGCAGAAAGAAGAUCCUUGGAACUCAAUUAUUGCUGGUGCAGCAACUGGUGGCUUUCUACAGAUGCGGCAGGGACUAGGUGCUGCUUCUAGAUCAGCAAUGUUUGGUGGAGUUUUACUUGCGUUGAUAGAGGGAGCUGGAAUCAUGUUAAAUAAAGUCAUGAGUGCACCCCAGAAUUUCCCACCCAUGGAUGAGCCACUACCAAAUGUCCCUGGGGUGCCUGGAUAUCCACCUGGGCAGCUGCCUGGUCAACCAAUGGGGCAGCUUCCUGGUCAAGCUCCAGUAAGUAUUGAUGGUAUGAUGACAGGAUCUUCAGCGCCAUCCUCUUCUUCCUCAACAUCCUGGUUUGGAGGGCUUUUUGGAGGUGGAAAGAAAGAGGAGACAGCGUCAAGCGGUGGUAGCAAGACCCAGGUUUUAGAGAGCUUUGAUGCUCCUAGCCCACCUACCUUUGAAUAUAAAUGAGUUUAAGAGAUAGAUUUAAUUUUCAGGUUAGUUAGUGUUAUUUUCUUUAUUAUUUGGACUCCUUAUGUAUUGUGAACAAGUAUUGACUUCUAAUCAGUGUGGCC